CAUGUAAUAUCUCGGCAAUCUUCACACUUUCUUGAUUUAUAUAUACCAGCAUUUGUAGCUCCUCAACCCCAUUCAAAUUUUGCCUCAUAAUCUUCUUCAAUUAUCUUCCUCUGGUAAUCCCACUGUUUCUGACUCUCUGUUCUGGAGAAUUAAUUGGCGGAACGACUCUUGUUAAUUAGUUUGUUGAGAAAGAUGAAGGGAAGCAUGGGAAAUCCCCUGUGUCUUAAAUCCUUGAAUCACAUCUCGCUCGUGAGCAGAUCAUUGGAGAAAGCUCUUGAUUUCUACCAGAAUGUUCUUGGUUUCUCUCCUAUCAGAAGGCCCGGUUCCUUUAAUUUUGAUGGUGCAUGGCUAUUCAAUUAUGGUAUCGGCAUACACCUCAUCCAAUCUGAAGACCCUGAUAACAUGCCCAAGAUUAGCCACAUCAAUCCCAAGGGCAACCACAUUUCUUUCCAAUGUGAGAGCAUGGCAACCGUGGAGAAAAAUCUGAAGGAGAUGACGAUAGAGUACGUGAAGAGUAGAGUAGAGGAGGGCGGCAUUUACGUGGAUCAGCUUUUCUUCCACGACCCAGAUGGCACAAUGAUAGAAAUCUGCAACUGCGACAACCUACCGGUGAUUCCUUUAACUGCUGACACCGGCCGAUCAUCAUGCUCACUCGUCCAUUGCAAUGUCCAGCAGCAACAGCAGCAGAUUCAGCAAAUUAUCCAAAUGGCACCGCAGCAACGAUUGACAUGCCUUCCUUCUCUUCACUUAACGGAAGAUUAUCUUCACUGUGCCUAGCUAAAAUAAACCUCGAGAACAUUUCUUUGUUGUUUGUUUGUUUUUCUUUUUUCUGGGCCAACAUUUGUCUUUACUUUCAUAUUGUAUACAGUAGCUAAUACUUGAACCUGGAAUUUGUAAGUGAGAAAUUUCACCAAACCCGGUGUUUUAGG